UGUGUGCGCUGUACAGAAGCGCACCUCUUCUUUGGCUCAAUUAUCCCCUUCCUUCCUUCCUUCCUUGUGCUUCUUCAUUCAGCUGGCACUGCGAGUGAGCGCGGGAUUGGAGGAGAAGGAGAUGGAGCUGGUGUCCUCCUCCCGCUCCACCCUAUCCUCUUGCAGCCGACUGGCUGCUCCCUCCAGGUCCAGUUCCACGACGGCAUCCGCAGCCGCUAGGCGCCAUGGGAAGAGGCUAUUAUGUGUCUUGGGUGGAGACAGGAAUGGUAAGCUCAAGAUCGGGAAGCGGGCGGCUCUUGCUCUGCUCCUGGCUACGCCCACGCUCUCACUGCCCUUCUCCGCCCACGCCAAGACCAAGACCAUAAAUCCUUAUGACGAAAGACGCUUGCUUCAGCAGAACAAGAAGAUCCAGGAAGCCAACCGUGCACCUGAUGAUUUCCCAAACUUCAUCAGAGAAGGUUUUCAGGUCAAAGUAGUGACACCCGACAACUACAUAACUCGGGACUCCGGAUUAAUAUAUGAGGACGUCAAAGUUGGUACAGGCGAUUGCCCAAAGGAUGGUCAGCAGGUUAUAUUUCACUAUGUGGGCUACAACGAAUCAGGACGAAGGAUAGAUAGCACCUACAUCCAGGGUUCGCCUGCCAAAAUUCGACUAGGCAACAAAUCAUUAGUUCCAGGUUUUGAAGAGGGGAUUCGGGACAUGAAGCCAGGGGGGAAGAGAAGACUAAUUAUACCUCCUGAGCUUGGUCCUCCUGUUGGGCCAUCGACGUUCUUUAGCGCGAAACAGUUUGAAGUAUUCGACGUCGAGCUACUCUCAGUGCAGGACUGCCAGCGGAGGACAAUAGCUUUCUACUCUGAUGUUGUCUGCACUUGAUCAUCUGGUCUGUUAGUCCCGACCGGUGCAGCAUUCUCCUCCUACAACCCUGUAGGAAAAAAUUGUUACCUAUUGUUUUUCGAGAAAACGCAGGGGACCCAUGCGUCUCAUUCCAUUGAAAAGAGAGAGUUUGUAAUUUACAAUCCUCCUAGGAGGUGGUUUCAGACAUCAAGUAGAUGCUAGUGCACAUCCCAUGUGGGGGCAGCACAACUCUAA